AUGGCUGUAAACCCCCUACCGCCGCCGCAAGUGGCCGUCCACCCAGCGGUGCGGCCGCUGUCUUACUUGCUGGGCACGUGGAAAGGCCAAGGUGAGGGCAGUUUCCCGACCAUCUCCCCUUUCAAGUACUCCGAGGAGCUUCAAUUCUCUCAUUCCCCCAACAAGAAAGGGGAGUAUGAUGCAGAGAAGAGGAGUGUGAAGCUAAAGAGUGAACUUGUUGGGAAUGCUUCCAAGGUGAAAGAGAUAACUCGAGUCUUUGAAAUGGUUAAUGGUGAUUUGGUUUACGUGGUAGAGAUGGCAACGGACCUCACAAGCCUACAGACACACUUGAAGGCCGUUCUCAAGAAAAUUUGA